AUGGCGCGACUGGAGAGCAGGCGUGCGGCGGUGAAGCUGCCUAAGCGGGGCCGUGAGAGCGAGAGAGAUGCGAGAGAACAGAGGACUGGGUCUUUUGCAGAAGCUUUAGCCAAACAUGAAAAAGAUCCCAAUAUUGGCAUCGAGAAGAUGCGAAUGUGGAGAAAUGCUUUCAGAGAAGUCGGCAAUAUCGCUGGAUGGCACAUACAUGACAGGUACGAAUCAACAAUUAUACAAGAAAUUAGUGGAAGUAUAUCUACUAAGUUGAAUUCUAGAUUCUCACAUCAUGAUUACGAUAAACUUGUUGCAAUAAACUCUCGUGUAGAGGAUAUGAUGAACUUAUUGGCUAUGGAAUCGAAUGAUGUUUGCUUCUUUGGAAUUCAUGGGAUGGGUGGCGUUGGAAAGACAACGCUGGCCGAAAUAAUUUAUGAUCGAGUUUCUUGUCAGUUUGAAGGAAGCAGCUUUAUUUCUUGUAUUAGAGAAGAAUCUAGAGCUCAUGGUCUAGCUUCUUUACAGAAACAACUUCUUUCUAUGGUCAUGCAAGAAGAAAUACAUAUAUGGGAUCAUCACCAGGGAAUCAAGGUGAUAAGGAGCAUGCUGCGUAAUAAAAAGGUUUUUAUUGUCCUUGAUAAUGUGGACAGUGAUAAACAACUAAUGGCAUUAGCGGGGAGUCAUGAUUGGUUUGGUCCAGGGAGUAGAGUGAUUAUAACAUGCAGAGAUAGUCAUCUGUUGAAACCACAUGGAGUGAAUGAUAUCUAUAAGGUUGAGCAGCUUCAAACUGAUGAAGCAUUGCAACUCUUUAGUUUGUCGGCCUUCAAAAAAACCCAUCCUAUAGAGAAUUACGAGGAUCUAUCUAUGGAUUUUGUGAAUUAUGCUCAUGGCCUCCCUUUAGCACUUAAAGUUUUGGGUUCCUUCUUAUUUGGGAGAAUGAUAGUUGCCUGGAGAAGUGCCAGGGAUCAACUAGAAGCAAUUCCUAAUAAAGAAAUUUUGAAUAUACUUCAAAUAAGUUUUGAGGGGCUGGAGGAUUUGCAAAAAGAGUUGUUUUAG